GAGAAUAGUCAAAGUGAUGACUACUGUGAACACCCCAGAGAUCAGAUCCGUGAAGGAUUCUUCGGAGAGAGUGAAGAAGAAGAGGAAGAAGAGGAGGAAAGAGGAGGAGAAAGAAGAAGCAAAAAGCAGACGAGCUGUGGUUUUGCGACUGCAUCAUUUGAAGCAAGAAGCAUGCCAUCUGAGUAUCUACGCUCCUGAAUCCGUUUUGCAUCGUCUAAUCAACAGAUCGAACCACAUACCCACAUCCACACCCACAUCCACACCCAAAGCCACACCCAAAGCCACACCGACACCGACACCCACGCCCACACCCACCCACCCACCCACCCACACACACACACACAUACACACACUCACACAGAGGCACACACACACAUACAGACACAGAGAGAGACAAAGAGAGAGAUAGGGAGUCGGAGUUGAGAAGCCACUCAGCGUUUGGAAAAUAUGGAGACGGGUCCGGCGAAGGGUGGCAGGUCGAGGUUUUCGACCGAAGCGGCAGGGAAAGGAGGAGGACGAGAUGGUGGUCCCCAGGGAGGAGGAGCAGCAGCUAAGCGACCUCUUCCCAGCGCGCUGAAGAUUCCUGGAGCAGAGGGUUCCAGGAGCAGCACUCCUGCUGUAGGACUUCCACGUCCUAAGUCGGUCAGGCUCGCUGUCGAUGGGCCCCCGGGAAGUACCUUUCCCACUGCGCAGUCUCCACUUGCGCCUGCUUCCCCUGCUUCCCCUGCUCCUCCGUCCCAGCCUGCUGCAGGUUCACCCUCCUCUGCGCUCGACCCCCAACUACGUAGCAGAGGUACCACCACAAGUCAACCGGACUUGUCCAUCCUCUCCACCCCCGCCACUUCCCAGAGCUCCCGCACCAGCCGCACUGGAAAAACCCCCAAGCUACCCCCCGAAGAAAUCCACAACCGUCGUGCCAAUGUCUUGGUCGACAUGAUAAGGACCUUCUUGAAGGCCAUGCGGAUCCCGGCCCGCACCUUGACCAAGAAGGCCGAGAGGGCCCAGGAGAAGGAGAGACUGAUUGCAGCAUGGACGGAAUUCCUCACCAACGUGGACACGAGAUUCUCGGGCAAGAAGUAUCGGUAUACUUUGGCAGAGAUGUGGCAUGCAGUCCAGGCCAAGCUGACAGAGAGGGAGCAGAGGUACUUGGCCGGGAUCUUGAAGACCACAGGACCCAAGUUCUUUCCCAAAGACUACGAGGAGAAGCUCAAGAUGCUCAAGAGACAGAUUGCUCAAGUGUCGGCAGGAACCAUCUAUCGACUGCCACGUCAGCUCAUUCCUAACGGGAAGAUAGUCAAGGACUUGAGGGAUCAAGGGUGGCCUGCCUCAGACCUGAAGAGGGCUGGGUUCUCAGUGAAGGAGUUGCUUGAGGGAGGAUGGACUUUGAAGUCCCUUCUGGGAACAGGGUUUACAGCGCAGGAGAUGAAAGCGGCAGGAAUUUCAGCGUUGAACUUGAAGGAAAGUGGGUGGGGAUUCUCCACACAAACUCUGAGAGACGCAGGAUAUCAAGACUUGGAGCUGCGAGAUGCGUGUUAUGAGAUACCGGAGGACAUAUUCGCAGCCAUGCAUGUGCACAGGCUGGCCAAAAUAGUGCCCCGCAAAGGGCAACGCGUUAGGAAACGCCCAAAGCCGCAGGUAGCCGUGAAGACCCCAGUCUCUCUCUGGAGAUCAAACACGUUCAAUAUCCCAGCACUGCCUGGACCACCCGCAAGUGCACCGGAGAAGCAAGAAAAGCAGGAGAAGCAGGAGAAGCAAGAGAAGCAGGAGAAGCAGGAGAAGCAGGAGCAGCAGGAGGAGCUGCAGCAGCAGCAGGAAAAGAAGGACAAGCAGGAAAAUCAGGAGCAACAGCAGCAGCAGCAGGAAAAGCAGGAAAAGCAGGAGCAACAGCAGCAGCAGGAAAAGAAGGAAAAACAGGAAAAGCAGCAGGAGGAAAAGCAGGACAACCAGGAGAAGCCGGCCUCAGCAGCAUAACAGAAGAAAAGGAAGGACAAACAGAAUAAGCCACAGAAGCAGCAGGAAAGAAAGCAGGAAAGAAGUGGGGGAAAAAAGAAAGAAAAAAAAACAGGAAAAGCAGGGAAAACAGACCUAAGCAGCAAGAGCGGACAGAAAAGGAUGAGAAGCAGGAGAAGCACAGGAGAGGCAGGCAGGCAAUAGGAGCAACCUCAGAAGGGAAAGGAGGACAGGCAGGAUAAGCAAAGGAAAAACAGCGGCGGAAAACAAACAAACAAACACAAACAGGAGAAGCAGAAAAUUUAAAGCAAAAGGACACAGAGGAGAAGCAGAAGGAAAAGGAGCAGAAGCAGGAAAAGCAAGAGAAGCAGGCCUAAGCGAAACGAGGGAAAAGGACAGGCAGAAAGCAGGAUAAGCAAGAGCAGGGGCAGCAAAAGAAGAACAAGCAUAAAAAAUCAGGAGCAAUAGAAACUGCCAACUGGCCCAGCUCAGUUGGUACACCCUUGAACUGUCGAAAUACCAACCUGAAUUCGAACUCCACCGGAAGUAAAUCAGUAAGCAGCAGCAGCAGAAAAAGAAGGACAAGCAGGACAAGCAGCAGAAAAGGACAAGCCUUAGGAAGAUAAGGAGAAGAAGUAGAGAUGGCACCAGGAAAGAAGGAGAAGCUGGAAAAGAAGCAGGAAAAUAAGGAGAAGCAGAAUAUAUGCAGUAGUAGGGAAGGCCUCGGUGACAUCCGUCUUACAAUUGGAGUGAUACAGAGAAGAUUAGCAUGGCCCCUGCCCCCAGAAUAGAAGGAGCCAGGACCAUAAGGCCCUGUUUAAAAAAAAUAAAAAUAAAAAAAAAUGCAGUUACUGUACAGUAACUAGUGAAGUAAAAGUAUUCUCAAGUA